AUGGCUACAUCAACGUUGGACCCUCAGCCGGUGCCGGAACACUCCAAUAGCCACUUUCGAUCCUCCCACUCUACACCGAGUAUCUUGGAGGAAGUCGAGGCAUCCCAGACUCAGCUUCGUAAGCGGCUCGAUGGUGCACUGACCAGACCUCCCCCAGGAGUAUCGGCAGAGCAACUGCCCACCGUGCCUUUGAUUGACAUUGGACCAUCGCUUGACGGCACCUUGGAGUCUCGCAAAUCCGUGGCAUACCAGAUUCGAGAUGCCUGCGUGACGACAGGAUUCUUUCAAGUCAGCAACCAUGGCGUGAAACAAGAGUCUAUGGCCAGCGUUCUGGAACAGGCUCGGCGGUUUUUCCAUGACUUGUCCGACGAGCAGAAGCAAGCGCUGCACAUCAAACACUCGCCUCUUAUGCGCGGUUACGAACCGCAUGAUGCGACGUACGUAAACACCGACGACAAAGGAGGUGCCCAGAAGGAAACGAAGGAAGGCUUCAACUGGGGUUACGAACAGGGCCUUGACCCUACCGGUGGCGAUGGGAAGUACGUCGAACUCGACGGGAUGUCUCCUACCGAGGCUGGAGUGGGGAACGUCUGGCCGUCGGAGCAGGGCCUGCCUGGGUUCUACGCGAAAAUCGCCGAGUACUACGGCCAGGUGCUCCAAACGGCACGACACCUUUUCCGGCUGUUUGCGCUGUCGCUGGAUCUCGAGGAGGACCACUUCGACGCAGCAACCACGCACCCGGGCGGCAUCGCGAGGCUGCUAUACUACCCUGGCCAGCCAGCACUCAGCAAGGAGCGCACGGAAGCAGAGGCCGAAGCCGCCAGCAAGCUCGGGCUCGGGGCACACACGGACUACGAGUGCUUCACACUGCUCCUCUCGUCGUCGAACCCGGGGCUCGAGAUCCUGUUCCCACCUUCGCCUCUGACCAACAACCAACCCAUCUGGAGGCCGUGCCCCGUGCGGCCAGGGACCCUCACGAUCAAUGUGGCGGAUUUCUUGAUGCGCUGGACCAACGGCCUGUACAAAUCGACGAUCCACCGCGUCGUGAGCAAGCCCGGCACUGGCGAGAGAUACUCGGUUCCUUUCUUCUUCAGCAUCAACUACGACUCCGAAGUGGAGCCCCUGCCAGAGCGCUGUGUAGGGAAGAGUACCUUCCUGCCCCUGAAGGCUGGCGAGUACGUGCUCGAGAGGCUAAGGGCCACACAAUAA